GACGCAUUGCGUCCUCCGUCCAGAUGCAGCAACCCACAGGCUGCCGUCGUGUUCUUGGUGCUGCUCCCAGGCCCUACCUUGCAGCCCCUUGACGGUGACUCGGCUGCCUCCGAAAGUCUACUGUCAGGGCAAGGCACGAGCAGGUGAUGCACUCGCUGGAGUCACUGCAUUGCAUCACCUGCACGUCGGCAUGUGGCUGCUGCCAUGCCGUUGGCGGCUCUUGAACUGUCAACCUGGACGGCCUCAACAACAUCCUCCACCCCUUCGUCCAUCCCGAAGAUCGCAAGUACUACGUCUGGCGCCACACAACACCGUCGGCCGUUGUCCGUUGUCCCACACAAGCACAGGCCUUGUUGAGAACAGACUGCGCCCUCCCACGGCUACGAGGAACCGGAUCGACCAUGGACGUGCACGCUUGCUGGCUUGUGCUGGCAGGCUGGCUCACGGAUCUCAGUACCGAUCAGCGGUGCGAUCCGAUUCUGAUCAUUUCCAGCGCCCUGGGUCCUGGGUUACAUCGCGGACAAGCUGCCAGGACAAUCUGCAUUGCCACAAUACCACCGUGCCACCGGCUACGUCUCAUCUUCUGCGGCUCUACACUUGGCCAUCACACCCAUUCACCCGCAAACCCAGAGACACUCGCCGUCCACACCGUCGCUUGUGCCACCUCCCAGACCAAGCCGGCGACGCCUCACACGACGGCCGCGUGGAUGGGAGAACGUGUCUGCUCAGGGCAGAAAAAGAAGGUCAUCUCCCUCCUCCCCGCCCAACGAUACCAAGAUUCACAGCUGGAUUUUCAACCGCCUACCCUUUCCAGGACUCGUGUUGAACGCCUCCCGUCAAAUGAGAAGCAGCCCUCGCCCCUGGAGCUAGGAGACUAAUGCGCGGCCGAGUGCUCAACAUGUCAUGCUGAGAUAGAUGCAGUCCAAUCACUGACCUACCGGUCCCAGCCGAUCCUCCCGCUAAAGAAGCCGGAGCUAGGACCAGGGGCUGUCAGAUGCACGGGCGUGGAUGAUCUGGAGCCUCGAGGCCAAGAAGUCACGGACUAGGGAAUUCCAUUAGACAUCAAACCUCCUCGUUAUUAUGAUUAUGAUUAUGGUUAUGGUUGUUGUUAUUAUUAUUAUUAUUAUUAUUAUUGCGGACCAGCUAGCCUGGUAUGAUAGUGCCAAGACCGGCGAAUCGGGAGAGCGGGAAAAGCCAAAUAGACGAGCUGAACUCGAGGCAACCAACAUUGUUCGAGGGUGGGUCCUUGAUAAUGUGGGGGAAGAAGGAGGCUUGCCCGGGGCUGGAAGGUCCCAAAGCCUGAAACUUUUGCAUCUAUUGCACAGCCUAGCGGCAGCUGGUCCGAGCAGAUACAGAGCCAGAGAACAGAAAGGAAGAAGAAGAAAAACGGAGUCUGGGCGAUCCCUACGCCCACCUCCACCCUUCAUCGCGAGGGCGAAAGGCCAAGAUGAACGCCCAGGAUGAGGCUGCAUACUCCGUACCUAGGCAGCUAGCUGCUUCUGGACGCCCAUGGGUCCCGAGAGGAGCGCCCUAUCGUCCACUGUGUACUCGACCGUCGAGCCAAUAUGGGCGCUGGGGCAUGGGGAAUCUCUUGGAUGGAUGGAGGGAAGAGUCUCGGUGGAGUCUCGGUGGAGUUGUGGCCAUGAACUAUAUGAGUAGACGCCGUCCCGCGUCCUUGUGGCUGGUUAGUAGUCCAUAUUAUCUGCGUGUAACUGGGUACAUUGAGAUGUCAAGUUGACACUUGUGUGCGCCGCCUUCAUAAGUCCUUCGUUUGCUACACUCUCAUCCAAACCGCAGCCCUGGAGUAUUCUUGCCUCUGUUGUCUCUCCCUUGUUGUCGUCUUCCUGCCUAUGAUCUGUCGCUGUCUGCCUUCGUUCUCGCAGAUCACCACACUCGCUCAACAUGGGUUUGCUCGGCCUUGGCUAUCGUCGACCAGCCCGGGUCGACAGUAAUCGACAGUCUCUUGCUUCUACGGAUGACUCUGUCCGGUCUGGUAGCUCUGGAUCCUCCGCCGGCAUCCCAGUUGCUCUGACCUUCGACAAGAUCAUCGACGGUGGUACCUGUCCGCCAUGCACCAUCCGCGACUUCAUGAACUACCUCAUAUACGUUGAGAUGUCAGCAGAGAACCUGCAGUUCUUCUUGUGGCAUCGGGACUAUGUCCAACGCUUCAACAGCGCGACCACCAGUGACAUAGCUCUUGCGCCAGAAUGGACACAGGACGAGCAGAAUGAGACUUUCAACAAGUUACAAAAGGAACAUCGCGAUGGGCUCAAGCGAGAUCCAACGGCCACAGCCGGUAUCUUCAAAGGAACGGACUUCGAAAAGUCUGGUCCCAUGAGCCCUGCGAGCAUGGACAAGGCAGUGCCCAUCUUCUCAAGUAAUAAUCCAUUCAACACGCCGCCGCGGACACCCAAUGGGGAUACCACGUCGACUUUCGCGGGCCAAGACUCAACGAGCUACCGCAACCAAGCCCAAGAGGCAUUUGCCGCGGCGGGGACCAGGGCACCUUUCACGAUCCAACCAUUCCGCGAAGAGAUCGACCGUGUGAUAGCCACAUACGUGAUGGACGGUGCGCCGAGAGAACUGAACCUGUCAGCGCGCGAGCGCAAGCAACUCCUCAUCGCCCUGAGCCACACAACACACCCAACGGCGUUUCGCCAGGUGGCGUGGUCGGUGGAAAGCACCCUCCGUAUGCAGGCGCACCCGAAUUUCAUCCGAUGGAGCAUCUGCAACGGAAAUACGGCGCGCGUCAAGUUCGCCAACAUCCUCGGGGCGUUCUUGAUCGUCGGCUCGCUAGCAGCAUUCAUCCUGCUCACGCUGUCGUCCGUACCACGCGGCUACCGUGCGAUCCCCGCCGCGGGCCUCGUGCUGGGCGUCAGCACGCAGGUGGCGGCGCUCAAAGGAAUGUGUGUCGUGCUCCACGGCCUCCACCACAGACACGUGCGCCCCUGGGAGCUCUUUGUCGACGAGGAGGUCCUGGACGACAUGUCUUCGACCAGCGGCAGCGCCGGCAAGGCGGCGCAGCUUGGCAAGAAGUCGUUUGACAGCUUCGGGAGCUCGAAUAGCUACGAGGAUGAGCCGUGGGUCAUAAAGUACCAGAAGCGGAAUGUCGUGCGCAAGGUCUUUGACCGUGAGGUGUGGAUCCAGGAGCCAGCGCUGAGGAGCAUCCAGGACACCAUCUUCGUGCAAUCCAUGAUAGUGGCUGUGGUGUCUGCCGGGGCACUAGCUGCGGUCUUUGUCUGUGUGCCUGGUGGUCAUUUUUACUAAAGGGGAAAACUGGCUCGGAGUCUUGUGUCAAUGUUUCGGGGUAUUUUGGCCGUUGGGCAAAUAGUCUUAGUUGUCAUGUGGAGCAUUCUUUGGGGACUGUAAGGCGUUCUGUAUGUAUAUUAUGUGCUUGUUAUACUUGGGGUGUGUACAAAUGCCCUGCUGUGGUCUUUCAUUGGGGAUGGAAAAGGGAUGUAAUACCAACGGUUGGGAUCAUGACCGAACGACCCGGAGGAGAUUCGGCUCAAGGACAGCUUUUCGGGGGGUUACCUGGGUUUCAGCAGAUGGUCUUGCCAAACG